CGUUAUGCGAGUGGAGUCGGUAAGCGGAGGAGUAAUUACUGCAGUAAUAAAUAACCAACAGUAAACAACAACAGCUGAUUAACGGCCUCGGCGGAGCGCGGGACACGGCGAACACCGCCGGGGUGAUGCGGCGCGUUCAGGUCUGAGCCAAACCCGGGUGUUCAGCCGCAGUAUGGACGGGUUCCUGCGGUUUGAGGAGUGCGUGCGGGACUCGCCCUCGUUCAGGCAGUCGCUGGACCAGCACGAGAGUGACGUAGAAGAGCUGGAAGGUCGCAUAGAAAAGGUGGUGAAGCUGUGCAGUAGGAUGGUGGAGGCGGGUCAGGCGUAUGCAGAGUGUAAUCAGCUCUUCCUGUCUGCGCUGGCCGAGUUCACACACUACCACAACAAACACACCGUCAUAUCGAAUUGCCUGCGUCAGUUUAACCAGGGCCUGCAGGAGAUGAUCCAGUUCCACACAAUGCUGCUGGAUCAGAGUCAGAGGGCGAUCACCCAGCAGCUCACUCACCUCCUGUCACAGUUCCUGCCGCAGAUGCGCGAGGCGCAGCGUGAGUUUGUGAGGAUAGGGGGCGAUGUGGAGUUGGCUGCAGUGAAAAACGCUCAGAUCUCCCCGAACAAACCUGCAGAGGCAGAAAGAGCCAGUCACCUGCUGAUCGCCACGCGCAAGUGUUUCCAGCACUUCGCCCUGGACUACUGCCUGCAGCUGAAUAAUUUCAAGGUUCAGCAGAAGCUGGACAUCCUGAACUCAGUGUUCUCUUACUUCCACGCGCAGUAUACGUUUUUCCAUCAGGGGUUCGACCUGCUGAGAGACCUCGAACCCACCAUGAAGACGAUGGCAUCCGAGCUGGCCCAGCUGUCCACUGAGUGUACGGCUAAGAGGAAAGAUCUGGAAAACCAGCACCUGCUCGUCCAGCAGAGGGAUGCCUGUGGCGAGUCUGUGGUGGUGUUGAGUCCGUCCAAUGGAGGCGUCAUUCAGGGCUACCUCUUCAAACGCUCUCGCAAGAAGAAUAAGAUGUGGAAGAGGUGCUGGUUUUCCACCAAUAAUAACCAGCUGCUGUACACAAAGACACACAAGGAGCAGCCGGUGGUGCUGUUCGAUGACUUGCGGCUGUGUGCAGUGAAGUCUCUGGAUUCGAUAGACCGGCGUUUUUGUUUCGAGCUCCUGAGUGUGCAGAAGUGUUGUGUAUUACAGGCGGACUCGGAGGAGUUAAAGAUGGCCUGGAUUGACGCUGUGCAGAGCUGCAUUGACAUCGCUUACCGAGAGAAAGUGUCUGAGAAAGAGUCUGAAAGCACUCAGGUGAAACCCUCACCCCCCGUCCCGGUUCCUGACCCCCCCUCCUUGCCGGCUGCUCUGGGCGUGGCUCUCCGUGGCCACGGUAACCGUCGCUGCUGCGACUGCGGGGAGGCGGAGCCUCGCUGGGCGAGUGUAAACCUCGGCAUCACCGUCUGCAUCGAGUGCUCCGGGAUACACAGGAGUCUGGGUGUUCACCUGUCUAAGGUGCGUUCGCUCACUCUGGAUUCCUGGGACCCAGAACAGCUGAAGCUGCUGUGCGUUCUGGGUAAUGAUGUCAUUAACGGCAUUUAUGAAUGUAGUCCAUCUGACGGACUGGAAAAGCCCGAUCCUCAGAGCGCUCGUCAGGUGAAGGAGGUGUGGAUUAGGAGGAAGUAUGUGGAGCGGAGUUUUGUGAAGAAGGACUGUGAAUCUGCUGAUGCUGAGACCGUGAAGCUGCGGGCGGGACAGAAGCUGUACCAGGCGGCGCUGGACGGGGAACUGGUCUCCAUGGCAACGGCGCUGGCCCAGGGAGCGGACGUAAACUGGAGCAACCCAGAUAAGGCAGGGCGGACUGCCCUGAUUGGUGCAGCUAUUGGGGGUUCUUUACUGGCGUGCGAGUUUUUGCUGCAGAACGGAGCCAAUGUGAACUACAGAGACCAGCACGGACAAGCUGCACUACACGCUGCGGCCACACGGGGGCACACCGGGCAGGUGUGUCUGCUGUUAAAGAGAGGAGCCAAUCAGUACGCAGCGGAUGAAAAGGGAAAUGAUCCGCUCAGUAUCGCCAUAGAAACAGCUCACGCUGACAUUGUCACCCUGUUGAGAAUGGCGCGGAUGAAUGAGGAAAUGAGGGACUCUGAGGGGUUCUUUGGAUCUGUAGGUGAUGAUGAAACAUUCCAGGACAUUUUCCGUGAUUUCAGCGACAUGGCGUCCCAUGAUCCCGAGCGCCUCUCCCGCAGGCAGUUCAGCCGCAGCACAGAGGACGGGGGGGUGGACGAAACCGCCGCGGGGGCGGAGAGGACAGCGGGAGGAAUGGAGGGAUGAAAAGACGGAGGAGCUGAGCUGAGGGGGCUGUUCAGGCUGUCCUGUCCAGAGUGGAUUUAGCUGGCCCCCCGUUUGAGUCCUUUCAGUGUUCCGCUCGUAGCGAGUUUCCCGACGCUGUCGCCCUCGGCUUGUUUAUUCAGGGCUGGAAUUCUGUAAAGCUGCUCUGUGACGACGGCUGCUGUAAAAAGCAAUACAUACAUACAUUUCAACUGAAUUGACCUGAAUCGGUCUGAGGGCAGCUUAGAGUUGGGGUUGGGUUUGGGUUUAGGGUUGGAGCGGAGAUUUGAGUUAAAGCUCUUUGGAUAAUGAGUUAGGUCAGUUCAGGAAAGAUUGUGGGUGGGCAGUUCAGCGGCCUGACUGGAGCUACUGUGUCAUUCCACAUUGACUCACCAAGGACCUGGCAGGUCCCGUCAUGGAUUUCAAUGAAAAAAACAAAGAAAAACGUUUCAAUUUUUGAAAAACUGUUUUUUAAUUAUGUAUUAAUUUUUUUUAGCAAUAUAUUAAGAUAUAUACCAUAUGUAAACCAGUCCAUUUACAGUGAAAUAUUUUUAUUAGUAUUGUAUUUAUAUCCAGUUUAUAUUUCAACCCAGUUCGUUCUCAAUAUUGAGUAUAUCAAACUUGAGAACUCGAUGGGGGCAAAUAAUUCACAACAAAAAAACUAUUCGGAGCACAACUUUGAUGUGCUUGGUUGCGGCAAUGAAAUAAAUAGUAUAUAAUAUAAUAAUAAAUAAUAAUAUAGUAUAAUGAGUUUUUUUUUUACUCGCAUUUCUUCACUGAAGUCAAUGGCGUGACCUGCCAGGCCCUGUAUGAGUUAACGUGCAAUGAAACUCUGACUGAAGAGGCUGUUUGUAUAAAGCUAACGGGGCACAACCUAACACUGGGUUAAAGAUAACACUGAUAUUUUAUGUAGUCAAACAGCUUCCAUUAGAAUGUGCUUCUGGUCAUCUUCUCGUGUUCCCAUAGCAACGUCAUCAUCAGAUUUUCAUAGUAAUCAAACUUAUAUUGCUCCAGAUUCACCCUGAGGACUGUUUCUUACCAUAAACGUAACUUUUUCCAUCACGAGUGUUUGUGAUCAGUGAGCUGUGCACAAGUCACACCUAUAUUAUUUUAAUCUCCUCUCGGUAUUUGUCAUAUAGCAGCGUUUAGAAGCAGAUAAGCAGCUCACAGUGAGAGCCAGACAGGCUAAAGUACAGCCUCCACACGGGGGGGUUAGUUUAACACACUGUUACAGCUCAGACCACCAAAGCAAAUAAUCAGAGAAGUCUAGUUACCCCCCAUAUACAUUUACAACAGCUGAAAGUUUGUAUGCACAAAUUCAUCACAAAAGUACUAUAGAAGUCCUGUAAAUUAAAAUAUUAUUAUUAUGCUGUUUUCUGCUCUACUUUGCAUCAAAAAUACAUUUGCCGCAGUUUAGAGCUCCUUUUCAGCAGUCAUAUUUGUUUUGAUGCAGAUAUGUUCAUGUAUUAAGGUUGGAAAGCUCGUCUUGUUCAAACAAAAUACAAUAAUAUUUAAUUAAUUGAGUUUUUCAUAAUUUUACCAGACAUUUCAUUGGCUGUUAUAGCUCGGCCCUCAGUGUAUUACAGUUAUAACCUAAGAGUAGCUCAGCCGGUUUGCAUUGGAGUCCCUGUAGUUACUAAAUAAUAAGCCUUAGUAUGUAAUAAGCCUGAGAUUUUAAGGGGUUAACUUUUAGUUUUAAAGAAAAUCAACAAAACAUGUCAUUUUACUGUCAGUCUAUUACAGUUAGCCGUGCCUGUGGGGUAAGUUGGCACAUUUGCACUCGCUCUGUUCCUUGCAGUUGAAUUGUUUGUAAACAGCAGGUGCUGGAAACGUUUAAAAUGAUUUAGCCGAAACCAAAAUAGGUUGUGCCCCGCUCUGCCCUGUUAAAUGCUUUCAUUGAACGGCGACGUCUAUGAGGUGAACCUGAAAAACGAACUAUUUUUUAGGUUUGUCAGUCAACCAGUAGUUGUAUUAACACAUUCAGUGCAGUAAUAAACCUGCAAUUUAAAAACAAAGGGAUUUCUGUAAGAAGGGACGUGUAUGCAGGCCUUAAUGCUGGCUAAUUAAUCUGUAUUUAGCUAAAAAAGACAGUUUGUUUAACCCAUUCCUUUAGUCACAGUGGAAGUUUAUUUCUGUAUAAACGUUUAGAAUGUCCAUAAAUGUGAUAUAGUAAAUAUGUAUGUAUUCUUUUUUUUACUUUAUGGUCACUUUUUGAACCCUAAAAUUGUGGCUACGGUUGAUGCUACUGGGCUCGGUUUUUUGGGCCGUCGACGCUUUGAUUAUACAGCCGUGUGCAAAAGUUUGUGUACCCUUGGUCAAAAGUUUUGUUGAUUUUCUGAGUGUGCAGAAGUUACCGCAUCCUCUACAAAGACACACUUCUACAUAUUUUAGUACGUACUUGAUGUUUAUUUACUGAAUUUAAUGCCAGGGGCCACCAGCUGGCCCAAAGUUUUAUUAUACACCUCUAUAACCUAAGAAUAGCUCAGACGGUUUGCAUUGAAGUCCCUGUAAUUACUAACUAAUAAGCCUUAUUGUGUAAUAAGGGAUUUUAAGGCUUAUUUUUUUGCUUAGAAAAUUGACAAAACAUGGAAUUUGACUGUCAAAGUUUUGCACACUGUGACUGCUUAUACUGUGGGGACUGAGCUACAUGUGACUUAUGGUUAAGUAAGUGAACAGAGGAACUGUCCUUUGACACUGGCCGAGUUUCUGAAGGAACUGUUGAUGAGGGGUAGACGCUGAGAGUCUGUGAACGUUUGGAUGCACAUUCCAGGCCCUCCUGUUGGAGUGGCAGAUCCCUGACCUUUGCCCUUUCAUUUAAAGUCACUGUGCCUCCUGUCUUUUCAGAAACUGCUCUUACCAGGGAAGUUCUAGUGGGGAGAAGUGCACUGGACACUAGAGGGCGCUCACAAGAGUCCAGAAUGAAUGGGUUCCUGUGGAGCUUCAGGGCAAAAAGGCAGUUUGUAAAUGGUUAAAGCUUUUUUAACAGACAAAUUCAUUGAUUCUCUCAACACAGUGCAGCAUAACAUAUUUCAACACUGCUGUUAUGUAUUUUAGCGCUUUCGCAUUCCAGUUUCAGGACUUUCUAACUGUGUCUUAUGUAUGUUAAUGACGUUAGUGAGCAUGAACCACUUUCCUCAGCCAAUGAGCUGAUCAGCUCACCAACCAAUCAGCACUCAGUAGCAGUAAUGCUGAAGGGUAUUUACUAAAGGAUAGUAUUCCCAAGGCUACACAACACCUACAUAAGCCUUUCAUGAUGACUGACUUAAACCUUUAUAGACAUUCAUAAAGUGUGAAUCGUGAGCGCCAAUCUCUUUACUCAGCUUGCCAACCAAUCAGCACUAAGCAGCAGUAAUGCUAACCAAUCAGCACACGGUAGUAGUAAAACUUGCAUCCUACUGCCUAAAACCUGUUUGCUGUAGAAAAGUGUAAAUAUGCUGAUACGGCUUUCACGGCUACGCAACACUACAUAGGCUUUUCAUGACAAAUGACAUAAACCUACAUUAAUUUAGUUAUGUUAUAACUGAAGUUUGGGGGGAGGUACAUGUCUGAAACCCCUCCUCCUUCCAAUCUAACACCCUGUCAAUUCACAUCCUCACCUUUUGUUCCCGUGACAAAGUGUUCACAACCCCACUGCCACCCCAUCUCCUCCCUGUUCCUCAGUCCUGCAUCAGUCCUAAUACAGCUAUGAGGGGGUCCGGCCUUCUAGCGACAGGCAGAAUCUGCCCAGAACUCCAGGCCAAGUUCUCAGAGUUCUCCCCCUCCCUCAAUCAGUCACCCUUCAUACUACCACCGCCAUGUUGAAGGCAUAAUCCAAACCUGUAAAUCUUUCCUAAAGGCUUAUUUGUUUCAUAAAGGCUGCUUUUGUCCAUUUUGUGUUUACAUAUGAGUUUAUAAAGGUUUAUUUCAGUUAUGUAGGAGUCGUGUAGCCUUACGAAUGUUUUUACUUUUCCAAAAGUAAAGGAAGGUCCUUUAUGAAUGGCUAGAAAACAUAUUUAUCCCUUUAGCUCCUUUCACUUCUGGUCAUGCAGGACUCUCUCUGGCGCCCUCUAGUGUGUAGCACUCAAGCAUGUGAUAUAAAGCCUCCCCCUAAACUGGCUCUGGUUCUUACUUUGCUCUAACUGUGGUUACUGAUGUCACACUGAAUGAUGUUACAUUAAACCGCACUGAAGUACAAUGUCCUGCUUUUAGACGUAACUUAUCCUGCUGGUCUACUCUGAGACUGACCACUAAUGGACCAGGACUCACCCGGGUUUAAACGUUUGCAAUAAUGUCGACUGAAAUCAUGUAGUGAUGUCUUAAAAAUCUAUAAAGUCUUUUAAUAUUAAUACAAUAAAAUAUAUUUAAUGCA